UUGAAUCUCCAGCCGUCAUCGAUAACUAUGGAGCUUCUUCUUCUGGUGUUUUUCUGUCUCCUGACUGGCUCUGAAGUAACGUUUGGUGCUGAAAACGUUGAAGCUCCACAGCCGUCUGUCAUGACACUUAAUCAAACAACAGAUGGGAUUCAGCUGGUGUGUGAAGUUCGAGGACUUUUUUCAAAACCUGAAUUUCACUGGGAGGACGGAGCUGGAAACAAACUUCCUGCUGAGGAAACACUGGAUCCAAACCGAGGACUCUUCUACAUCAUCCUCCAAACUACUGUGACCAAGACCGACUACUAUCGCUGUGUUGUUACACAGAAGGAAAUCUGCCAUCAGACUCAUGCUGACAUACCUGUGUAUACCAAUGGGUUCACAGGUGGACACAUUGCUGGUUUAGUUAUCGCUGCUGUUGCUUUUGUUGCUCUCAUUGUGUACAAAUGGUGGUAUCGCAUCAAAAGCUGUUUAAUGAAAGGUGCACCACAACUGUCUAUCAGGAUACUUAAUCAAACAAAUGACAAGGUGGUGCUGCAGGGUGAAGUUCGAGGAGCUUUUCCAAAACCUAAAUUACACUGGGAAGACGGAGCUGGAAACAAACUUGAAGCUGAUGAACUACAGGAGUCAGAAAGAGGAGGACUCAUCAUCCUCCAAACUACUGUGACCAAGACUGACAUCUAUCGCUGUGUUGUUACACAAAAGGAAACCAACUAUCACACUUAUGCUGAGACAUACGUGCAUAUCCCUGACGGAGGAGAUGUUGAUGAAACCAGUUUACCAUUCAUGCCUUUAAAUGGAAACCAGCCAACAGCUGCAGUCUCUCCAGUCUGACAACGUGCCUUACUGCAGCAGGACCAGAAAACACUGAAGUGCCCAAAAACCAGAGAACAGAACAGUCUCAGCUGCCUGAACCUUAAACUGGAGUUCUUCAUAACUAUGAACCUUUUCAAGUUAUCUGCAGGAACUUCAUGAAUCAGAGUUUGGAGCUGUAUAAACUG